UCGUUCCAACACCAUAGACAGUGGGCGUCCUUCUCCAAAAUUACCUAAUGCUCCGCAGCGAAUGAACUCAUUAAAGGAUGCGAAUCGCCCAGUACUUCCAAGGUCAAAUUCUCUCAGAAAUCCACCGGUUCGGAGCAAUUCACUCAGAGGAGGCUCACCUCAAUUACGUGGUAGGGGUGGAAGACUUAUGCCGCAAAGACAAAACACGACGGCGCGUGCAGAAUUUCUGCAACGACAAAUGAAAAACAUGUCACUAUCCGACGAUGAGGGCUAUGCAGAUUAUCUUAAGAAUUUCAAUGACAAUGAAGAAUAUAGUCAAGUGUAUGAUUUUAUGUUAGGCAAUGACAAAUACUAUAAUGAGAAUAGUGAUUAUUCACGUCCUAACUUAAACG